UCUCCCGGUCCCCACGGCUGCGAACUGAUCUGGCGCGGUGGGGGGGAGGCAGGAGGAGGAGAAAAGCACAGGCAAAGGAGAGGGCGAGAGAACCGGAGGCAGAGGGAAUAGUGACUGCCUUCCGCAACUGGGAUUCAUGCCUGUCCUCGGGACCAGCAAAGGGGACUUUACGGCUGAGUAUGAGCCAGGCUGCUAGAAGCCAGGUACCCCCACGCCUGCAGUCCCCGCGCCGUCCCCGGUAUGCGAGCUGGACGCAGGGCUCUUCCAAGUUCCCACCGAGCCGAAUAAAAAGCGCCCUUCCGCUGCUCUCCGCCAAAGACGGACAUUGACUCCAGGACUCCACAGAAUGGAGCAAGAAUGAGAGGAAAAAGGCCGGCAGAAAAGCAUGAACUGGAGGUUUAUUGAGCUCCUCUACUUCCUGUUUGUAUGGGGCCGUAUCUCAGUGCAGCCCUCCCACCAGGAGCCAGCUGGGACAGACCAACAUGUCUCCAAGGAAUUUGAUUGGCUUAUUUCAGACAGGGGGCCUUUCCACCACUCCAGGAGCUACCUAUCCUUUGUGGAAAGACACCGUCAAGGAUUUACAACCAGAUAUAAAAUAUACAGGGAGUUUGCCCGUUGGAAGGUGAGGAAUACAGCCAUAGAGAGGAGAGACCUGGUCCGCCAUCCAGUGCCCCUCAUGCCGGAGUUCCAGAGGAGCAUCCGUCUGCUUGGCAGAAGACCAACCACUCAGCAGUUCAUUGAUACCAUCAUCAAAAAAUACGGCACCCACCUGCUCAUCUCUGCUACUUUGGGAGGAGAGGAAGCUUUGACCAUGUACAUGGACAAAAGUCGCCUUGACCGGAAAUCAGGGAAUGCCACUCAGAGUGUUGAAGCUUUGCACCAGCUUGCAUCAUCCUAUUUUGUCGACCGUGAUGGCACCAUGAGAAGGCUCCAUGAGAUCCAGAUAUCAACUGGAGCGAUCAAGGUCACAGAGACACGCACUGGGCCUUUGGGCUGCAACAGCUAUGACAACCUGGACUCUGUGAGUUCUGUCCUCCUGCAAAGCACGGAAAGCAAACUGCACCUUCAAGGUCUUCAGAUAAUCUUCCCACAGUAUCUGCAAGAGAAAUUUGUUCAGUCAGCUCUGAGCUACAUCAUGUGCAAUGGAGAGGGAGAGUAUGUGUGUCAGAACAGCCAGUGUCGCUGCCAGUGUGCGGAGGAGUUCCCGCAGUGCAACUGUCCUAUUACUGACAUCCAGAUCAUGGAGUUCACACUGGCUAACAUGGCCAAGGCCUGGACCGAAGCUUACAAAGACCUGGAGAAUUCAGAUGAGUUUAAGUCAUUUAUGAAGCGUCUCCCAAGCAACCACUUCCUGACCAUUGGUAGUAUCCAUCAACACUGGGGUAAUGACUGGGAUCUGCAGAGCCGUUACAAGCUCCUGCAGAGUGCCACUGAGGCUCAGAGGCAGAAGAUCCAGCGCACAGCCCGCAAGCUCUUUGGUCUCAGCGUUCGAUGCCGCCACAAUCCCAACCACCAGCUGCCUAGAGAGAGGACAAUUCAGCAGUGGCUUGCACGGGUACAGUCACUUCUCUACUGCAAUGAGAAUGGCUUCUGGGGAACCUUCCUGGAGAGCCAGAGGAGUUGUGUGUGCCAUGGCAGUACCACACUGUGCCAGCGCCCCAUCCCAUGCAUCAUAGGUGGGAACAACAGCUGUGCCAUGUGCAGCCUGGCAAACAUCUCACUCUGUGGCUCCUGCAAUAAGGGCUACAAGCUAUACAGAGGCCGCUGCGAACCACAGAAUGUGGAUUCUGAGAGGAGCGAGCAGUUCAUUAGCUUUGAGACCGACCUGGACUUCCAGGACUUGGAAUUGAAGUACCUGUUGCAGAAGAUGGACUCACGCCUCUAUGUUCACACUACCUUCAUCAGCAAUGAGAUUCGCCUUGAUACAUUUUUUGACCCUCGGUGGCGCAAGCGCAUGUCCCUCACUCUCAAGAGCAACAAGAACCGCAUGGACUUCAUCCACAUGGUGAUUGGCAUGUCCAUGCGUAUCUGUCAGAUGCGCAACAGCAGCCUGGACCCCAUGUUCUUUGUCUAUGUCAAUCCUUUCAGCGGCAGCCAUUCAGAGGGCUGGAACAUGCCCUUUGGGGAAUUUGGCUACCCACGUUGGGAGAAGAUCCGUCUGCAAAACAGCCAAUGCUACAACUGGACUCUCUUGCUGGGCAAUCGGUGGAAAACUUUUUUUGAGACUGUCCAUAUUUACCUGCGUAGUCGGACUCGGCUACCUACCCUACGUAAUGAGACCGGCCAGGGCCCCGUGGACCUGUCGGAUCCCUCCAAGAGGCAAUUCUACAUUAAGAUAUCCGACGUGCAGGUGUUCGGGUACAGCCUGAGGUUCAAUGCUGACCUCCUUCGAAGUGCCGUGCAACAAGUGAAUCAGUCCUACACACAGGGUGGUCAAUUCUAUUCCUCUUCAUCUGUGAUGCUCCUCAUGUUGGACAUCCGGGACCGAAUAAAUCGUCUGGCUCCUCCAGUGGCUCCAGGAAAGCCCCAGCUGGACUUGUUUUCCUGUAUGCUGAAGCACCGCCUGAAGCUAACUAACAGUGAGAUUAUCAGGGUGAACCAUGCCUUGGACCUCUACAACACUGAGAUCCUCAAACAGUCCGACCAGAUGACAGCCAAACUCUGCUAACUGGUGACCCUUCGUCGUGGACUUUCCCUUCUGUUGUGUGUACAACAGAAACAAAUCAAAACAAAAUAAAACACACACACACACAAUUUGUAAAAUGUAAUUAAUAUUCAAAAGAAAGGAGGAAAAAAUCUUCAAUUGUUGGAAACGGAAGUAUUCUAGCAACUGUAUAAAACUGUGGGGGCAUGUCUGUUACUACUAUAUUCUGUCAUAAAGAAGGGUCUCAGACUUUUGUGGAGCUUGGAGAUGGUGGCUUCUUGGGCCUCAGGUGCUGUGUGGAGGGGGGGGAGAAGGGAAGAGCAUAUGCAAUGAAUUGUAAAGACCUCUGCUGUGCAGGUGCUAAGAUUAAACACUAAAAGAGAAAGAAAGAGAUCUAUGUAAUGUACCUCUGACACUGCCAUUUUUCCUUGUGAGAGGAAAUGGACGUAGAUAAAGAAGAUAUUUCUUCUGUUAAGAGUUUUUUCCUCUUUAUGCUUAAUUCUUUGUGUUUCUUUUGAUGCUUUGAUGUGGUUGGGGGUUGCAAGAGCAUUGCAGUCUUACAAAGUCUAUAUGGCUUCUUUACUUCUAAAUAAACGGAAGCUAAUGGAAGCUAGCUACUAGGUGGGGCUGGGAGAACAGGAACUGGCACAGUUCUAGAAGAGUGAAUAACCUUAGAUACUAGCCUUUCAAACCAAAUAGUUCAGAAAUUAGGGCCAAAGGGAGGUAGCAUUCUCAUGAAUACACCCAUCAUAACUGCCCCAACCUGGGUUUGAAUCUGACCUUC